AUGCGCUCUACGAGCCAGCCUAAUUCUCGACCACUAGAUAUAAUUACUGUCUCCAGCUUUCGGAUUGGCCUCUACCCCGUCGUCAACAAAGAUUACCUAGCAUUCACCCAGGACACUGACCGCGAGUGGCUCAGUCCGGACGGCGCAUACCCCGAGAGGCAGAAUGCGCCGGCGUCAGACCUCACUUGGCACGAUGCGAGGGCCUACUGUGGUUGGCUGACCACCCAGUGGCGUUCAAACGGGAGCAUUAGUCUCGAAGAGGAGGUGCGGCUUCCAACUGAGCCGGAGUGGGAGCGGGCGGCAAGAGGCAACCAGAACGACACGGGCGUCGACGGGCUGAUUUAUCCCUGGGGCACACCAUGGCAGGACGACGCGGCCAACAGCGAAGAGACGGUGUUUAACAGUACAUGUGCCGUCGGCCUGUUCCCCCAAGGGAGGUCACCUUACGGAUGCUACGAUAUGGCUGGCCAUAUUUGGGACUCGGAGUGGUGCACAACUUUGUGGGGAGAGGACAUGGCCACUCCGUCCUUUACAUAUCCGUGGCGGGAGGAUGGCAGGGAACGCUUGGACGCGCGUGAACAGGUGCGGCGAGUGCUACGUGGUGGGUGCUUUUCAAGCCCAAAGAUCAAAGCGAACUGUACAUACCGGGGAAGUCUCGAGCCUUCUGGAUUCUGGCGUGGUAAUGGGUUCCGAAUUGUCGUGGCCAAGACGGACACAUGA